GCAACUUGCAUUUGGAGGAUAACAUGAGGGCUGUGGUCCUGUGGGGCCUGCUGCCCCUGCUGUGUCAAUACACACUGGUUAGCGGUCACCUUUUGGGAAGGACGUCCUCUCCUGAUGAUUUGGCCCAGCUGAAGUCUUUGCUUGAGCGCUUUGAGGAGACUCUGGCCGAAGCAGCUCAGGAGGAAACCUCUGAAACGGACUAUGCGACAUUGAACCAAGAACCAGAACGCAGCCAGUCCAACCGAGGAUGGAACACGGAGCAGGACAGGGACCAAGAACCUGCCGCAGCCGCAGUAGAGCGAGCCCAAGCGGUGGCUGAAGGCCAGAGCCGGGCCUUGAGUCAGAGGAACCGCUUACUGGAUCUGCUGAUAACGGCCAGAAAGCGGGCAUCGGGUUGCUUUGGUGCCAGGAUGGAUCGGAUUGGGAACGCUAGCGGGCUGGGCUGCAACACUGCAAGAGGAUAGGCUGAUUCUUCUGUGGGAUACAUGUUUGAUCCUUUUGUCAUUUAAUAAGUCAAGUUAAGUCAAUUUAAUAUAUGAUAUUACAUUGAAAAGCUGUGUGUGUGCAUCCAUUCAUGUCUUUCUGUGUGUCUGUCAACCAAAUGAUGAACUAUGUGAAGAAUCCAUGACACUGUAUGCUGUAUAAUAGUCGGACAACUGCAUGUUUGUUCUUCUCGAUUAAAAGCUUCAAAUAAAACCCUCUUUUACAUA